CGGCGUUUGUCAAAUGUGGUUGUUGACAUUUCGUUCGCACGUUUAUUUGUUGUAAAUAUCUGUCGCAAUGGUCCGCAAAUUGAAAUUCCAUGAGCAGAAGCUUCUGAAAAAAGUAGAUUUCAUUACCUGGAAAGCUGAUGACAGUGCCCAAGAAAAUAAAGUUCUCCGCAAAUAUCAUAUCCGGAAACGUGAAGACUACACCAAAUAUAACAAAUUAUCCCGACAAGUCCGAGAGCUAGCACAGAAGAUCAGCGAGUUAGAUCCCAAAGAUCAUUUCCGAACGGAAGCCAGUGCCCAACUACUGGAGAAAUUAUUCGCUUUAGGCUUAAUACCUACUAGGUGGGAUCUGGAGAAUGCCAACAAAGUUUCGGCGAGUUCCUUCUGCCGGAGGAGGUUACCUGUUGUGAUGGUUAGACAAAAAUUGUCACAAAAUAUCAAACAGGCAACAGAGCUGAUAGAGCAAGGGCACGUCAGAGUGGGCCCCGAAAUGAUUAAAGAUCCCGCAUUCAUUGUUUCACGGAACCUAGAAGAUUUCGUGACAUGGGUUGACAGUUCAGCGAUUAAGAAACACGUAUUAGAAUAUAAUAACAUAAGAGACGAUUUUGAUUUAUAAGUUUUAAUUAUGGGAUACAAAUUUACCCUAAAACCCCCAA